AUGACAACAUCAAUAGAUAAUAAAGACUGCGAACAAGAGCAGCAGAUGUCAAAUCCGUCAGAUCGAUUACCUUAUCAUGUCUCAUUUAAUGAUGAUCAAAAACAGCAACGUCACAAUAGUGUUAAUCCUGACGAACCAUUGCCGUCAUCCUCGAGACACGGUUCACUAUCAUCGGUGGAAAAAAGUGGUCGCUUUCUUGUAGUUAAACCAGCUGCUGAUGUACCGGACAUCGAUGAGCAUGAUACGAGUGAAAAUUCAAAUGAUCAUGGCGAAAAUGAACGAACGCCAUUGCAGGCGAAAGGCGAUAUUUCUGUAGAUUUCAAUGAAAGUAUUUUCGAAGAACAUGACCAUCGACCGAGAACAGUACUUGAUCAGUUGUACAAUUAUACAGGUGGGAUUGUUCCAAAUGCAGCUGAAGCCGAAAAACAACCAGCUGCUGUGCAGCAGAGUUCAGCAAAUCUUGGUACGAUUUUCGGUGUUUACCUUCCAUGUGUGCAGAACAUCUUCGGUGUCAUUGUCUUCAUUCGUCUUUUCUGGUUAAUUGGCAUUGCUGGUGUCUUACAAACGCUGUUAAUUGUUAUUAUUUGCAGCUUAUGCACUCUUUUAACUGCGAUCUCAAUGGCAGCUAUUGCAACGAACGGAAUAGUACCGGCGGGUGGAGCUUAUUUCAUGAUCUCCCGUUCACUCGGACCGGAAUUCGGUGGCGCUGUCGGUAUCUUAUUCUAUCUUGGUAAUACAUUUGCUGCAUCGAUGUACAUUGUCGGCGCAGUCGAAAUCGUAGUCAAAUACAUGUGUCCAGAAAAAUGUCGACUUUUCGGCGAUGACGUGGAAAUUCCCUUUGUAGCAUUCAAUCAUUACCGUAUCUACGGCACCAUUCUACUAUUGAUUAUUGGAGCAUGUGUUUUGAUUGGAAUUAAAUUUGUGACGAAAAUUGCACCAAUAUCUUUAUGUGCAGUUCUUCUCUCAAUUUUAGCCAUCUAUAUCGGUGUCGUCAAAAGUUCAUUUAGUCCACCUGAUCUACAGAUUUGUCUCGUGGGAUCGAAUCCGUCACAUUUAAUUAAAUCAAAUGUACUCUACAAUGAUAUUAAACGCUAUUGUCAUCCUGAUAAAUGGUGUUCCAGGAACAACGAAACGAUUCUCUGUCCACUUUAUUCAGCAAUAUGUAAUAAAUCUACGAAUACAUUUUGUUCUUUCGAACGUAUCACGGAAUCAGUUCAAGCUGUGCCUGCAGUUCCUGGUCUGAAAGAUUGGCAAUUAUCAGAAAAUCUCUUUUCACAUUUUCGUCGGGAAGGUGAAAUCGAACGAGAUAUCAAAGGUGAUUCGUCCUAUGAAGUUGUGGCACAAGAAGUAACGACAUUCCUAAUUUUGGUGGGAAUUUACUUUCCAUCCGUAACUGGUAUUAUGGCUGGCUCAAAUCGUAGUGGAGAUUUACGUGAUCCUAGUCGGAGUAUUCCACGUGGUACAAUUGCUGCCAUUAUAACAACAUCAAUCAUAUAUUUAUCCAACGUAAUCUUCUUGGCAGCUUGUACACAUAGUACAUUAUUACGAGAUAAAUUUGGGGAUAGUAUUAAUAAACAGUUAGUUGUCGCGGUACUGGCUUGGCCGAAUAAGUGGGUGAUUAUGAUCGGUGCAUUCUGUUCGACUGUUGGAGCCGGCUUACAGACUUUAACAGGAGCACCGCGUCUUUUACAAGCUGUAGCUAGAGAUGAUCUAAUACCAAUUCUUGGCCCAUUAGCCAAGUCUUACCGUGGUGAACCAGUACCCGCUCUAUUUCUGACAUUAUUAAUUUGUGAAUGUGGAAUUCUCAUUGCUGAUGUCGACAAGUUAACAGCACUUUUAUCGAUGUUCUUUUUAUUAUGUUAUGGAUUUGUCAACUUAGCAUGCGCCUUACAAACCGUUCUGAAAGCGCCAAGUUGGCGACCACGCUUUCGCUAUUAUCACUGGAGUUUGUCAUUCGCUGGUGUUUGUCUUUGUAUCGCAAUAAUGUUUAUCGCUUCGUGGUAUUUCGCUCUAGUAGCAAUGCUUAUUGCUAUAGUCAUCUAUAAAUUCAUUGAAUACAAAGGAGCAGAAAAGGAAUGGGGCGAUGGAAUUCGUGGUUUAUCAAUGUCGGCAGCUCGUUACGCUUUAUUUCGAGUUGAUGAAGCUCAACCACAUACAAAAAAUUGGCGACCACAAUUAUUAGCAUUUAUUAAUGCUCACAAAGCUGAUGAUGAUGAAGCAUAUAUCAUUCGUCACCCAAAAGUUCUCAAUUUUCUAUAUCAACUCAAAGCUGGACGAGGUUUCGUUGUUGCUGCAAGUAUUCUGGAAGGUGAUUAUCUCGACAAACACCAAUACAUCGAUCCGGUUCGUUCCUUAUUGAAAGCAAGCUUAGCUCAAGCAAAGGUUCAAGGCUUUGUGGAAGUUCUGGCUGCGAAAGACGCUGAGGACGGUAUUAGUGCAUUAAUACAAACAGAAGGCUUAGGUGGUUUAAGACCUAAUACGAUCGUUCUAUGUUGGCCAAUACAUUGGAAAAAAGAUUUUGAAAGUUAUACAGCUGAUGCUUUUAUACGAACAAUUGCUAUUGCCGAAGCACGUCAAUGUGCUGUUAUAGUUCCAAAAAAUAUUGACAAUUUUCCCGACCACAAACAGAUUCAAGAGGGCACUAUCGAUAUCUGGUGGAUCAUUCAUGAUGGCGGCCUUCUAUUUCUCAUUGCAUUCUUACUGAAACGUAAUAAAGUCUGGGCACGUUGUCGAAUUCGUUUGUUUACUGUUGCACAACUCGAAGACAAUUCCGUUGAAAUGAAAAAAGAUUUAGAACAAUAUAUGUAUCAAUUACGUAUCGAAGCAGAAGUCAACGUUGUAGAAAUGGAAGAUCAGGAAAUAUCUGCAUAUGCUUAUGAAAGAACCUUAAAACUAGCGGAACGUGUCAAACUGCUAAAAGGUUUGAAAUUACCUGACAAAGAAUUACAACUUCAAGCAAAAGGCUUUGAACGUCGUGCAAGCAAGCCUCAAAUCUUCAUGGAAUCAAUUGUGAAUAGUCAACAACGACUGACAGCUCCCGAAGAAUCCAAUGAUCAGUAUCAAUAUACAUUCACACCGAAUCAGCUCGAAAACUUGAAAAAUUCAAUAACUGCCUCGUCGAUGCGUAAAAUGCAUUCAGCUGUUCGUCUAAAUCAACAAAUUCGAGAGCGUUCAAGCGAUGCGAAGCUUGUUCUUAUCAAUCUUCCAUCUCCACCGGCGAAACAUUCAAGUUUAGCUGCAUAUUCUUAUAUGGAGUAUGUCGAUGCACUGACCGAAGGUCUUGAUAGAUUAAUCUUAAUGCGUGGCAGUGGACGUGAGUGA